AUGCUCCAGGGCAUCUUGCAAGACGUUGUCCCCGAUCGCGAGGGGCUGCUGAGCUGCAGGGACUUGGCGCGCCGCCUCCGCCGCCCGGAUCCAGCUCCGGAGCCGCAAGAGUCCAAGAGCUACGACCUGGCUCAGAAGCAGGGGCUUGUGGACUUCCUGAAAGAUGCGGACAUCCGCUUGGUGCACACCCCGGGCUGCAGUGUU